AUGCCACAUCGCCCUUCUGCGUCUAAAGAACCAAGUCCAGAUCCUCACUUUGAACUGUCCGCGACAGCUCGAUACAAGCCUAAUGCGAUAAAGUGGCAAGCGUUCGUCACCGCACAACCACCAAUGACGGGGGACCCUAAGGAACUCAUGGGAUUUAAUAUCAUGGACUUGCAAAUCCCAUCUAUCGCUCUGGCCUAUGAGAAAUCCGAGAGCGACAUCAUGAACCGGCGACCGCGCAAUGCUCGCACCGACCACCUGGUGAACUCGAAACUCGCCACCUACUCCUACCUGCAGAUCGGUGUGACGCAGGCGGUGGGGGCAUUCCUCGGCUACUUCACGGUGAUGGCCGAGGAAGGCUGGCUUCCGACCACAUGCAUCGGCUUGCGCCAGCACUGGGAGCAGGUGGAUGAGCAGGAGUUGGAGGACUCGUAUGGACAAGAGUGGACCUUCGUGCAGCGGCAGAAACAGGAGUUCGUGUGCUACACGGCCUUCUUCAUCGCCAUCGUCAUCCAGCAACUCGCCGACCUCGUCAUCCGCAAAACUCGCCGGAACUCACUCUUCACACAAGGCCUUUUUAGGAACAAGGUAGUGUUGCUGGGGAUGCUCUCUCAGCUGGUGAUCGCUGCCUUCCUGUCCUACUGCCCGGGCAUGGAUGAGGGCCUGCACUUCAUGCCACUCCGAGUGGGCUGGUGGUUUGUGGCGAUAUCAUACGCCAUCUUCAUCUGGCUGUACGACGAGAUGCGCAAAUUCUUCAUCCGGAGAUAUCCCGAGUCUGUCGGGCUGUGA